CAGUGCUGCUUCAAACACCGAGCUUGGCGCGAUUUAAAUCAAAUUUGGCAAUGUCAUUCCUUGACAUUCGAUAAAUAAAAGUACAAUAAUAUUAUUUAAUUAAAUUCAUUAUUUUUAACUCAAUAAAAUUAUGAAAAAAUAGCAAAAAAAACAAUCAUUUCAAUUUAAAUUUUUUUAUUUUCAUUUUAUUAGAAAUCAAAGAAAAAAAAUUAUAAUGAUGAUUAGUUUUAAUGAAUUUCAUGAAUAAAAACCUUACUUAAAUAUUAAAAUAUUACCUGAAAUAUUUUCAUACAAUUAUAAUGUAUAGAAAAAAGAAAAAAAAUUUGUGAAAAAAAAAAAAAUAUAUGAUGAAUUGUGCUUGAUAACACAAGAGAGCAACAAACUGUCUUAGAAUUUUAAUAGUUUUUUUUUUUUUUUUUAAUUUAAAAUUUGAAUAAAAUACACAAGUGUGUUUUACAAAUGUUUUUUUUAUUUUUUUAAUUUUUUUAAUUGUUACGUCUGUAAAGUGCGUGCGAUAUAGUGAAUGCAGACGCGUCAAUUUUUGAACAAGUGCCAAAUUUAAGUGAGACAGUUUUUUUUACAAAAUACAUCACUUUGUGGUUUCGUAAUAUAUAUGCAAUUUUUAUUAAUUUAUAUUUUUGUUUUUUUCACACUUUAAAUGAUAAUUUAUAUUGUUAAUAACAAUAACACAAUGAUCUUAUUGAUUUAACAAAUUUAUUUUCCAAUUAUUAUAAAAUACUUGAGAAUCAAUUUAAAUUUACAUGCUUAAAUUGAAUGAUAACUUGUUGGUGACAUUGUCUAAAUUAAACUAAUAUUCAAACGAUAUAAAAUGUCUAUUUAUUAAUAUAUAUAUAAAAAUAUUUUAAAUAGCAACUAAAAAUCAAAUUUAACUCUUAAUAAUAUAAUAAUUUAUUGGUGAUAUUUCUAAUACGAUAAACAUGAAUUUCUAUUUUAAACAUCAGUUACAAUAAUAAUAAAAAAAUAUGAAAAAAAAAGCUCGAGUUAAAUAACUAUAAAUAAAAAAAUUGCCAAUUGAAGUAAAAGUAAAACAACAAGAUUAUAAAUAAUAUUCAAAAGAAUAAAAAAAAAUUAUAAAUGACAAAAAAAAAAAAACAAAUAAUAAUAAUUAGAUAUUUAGAAAAUUAAAUACAAGUGAAAAAUGACAGUGAAUUUAGUUGAUUUUUUGAGCUUUAAAAAAUUGCCAAUGGAUGGAUUGUCACAAGGUGAUGAUAAAUUCAAUGUCAGAAUGCUCCAGGAAGUAGAAACGUGGAACGUUCAUCCGUUGAAUAUUUCAACGACCAUAAUGCCAAAUGACAACGUAACAAUGAAUCAGACAUUUCGAAAUAGUUCAAAUAAUGAAGAAUAUAUAUUUGAUCGUAUUGAUGUCAGGAUAAUAUUUAUUACACUGUAUUCAAUUGUAUUUUUCUUCUGUUUUUUUGGUAAUUUAAUAGUCAUCCUAGUGGUAAUCUACUCAAAACGUAUGAGAGGAGUGACAAAUUUUUUUUUAGCAAAUUUAGCUGUUGCUGAUCUUUGUGUUGGUAUAUUUUGUGUAUAUCAAACAUUAACAAAUUACAUAAUGAAUAGCUGGUUACUUGGUAGUUUUUUUUGUAAAUUAUAUAUGUUUGUACAUGCUCUAUCAUACACAGCAAGUAUUAUGAUACUAGUAUUAGUUUGUAUUGAACGUUAUCUUGCAAUAGUACAUCCAAUAAAAUGUCGUUCAAUAUUAACACGUGGAAGACUACGUAUAAUUGUCAUGAUUGUAUGGAUAUUUGCAGCAGUAUAUGCAUCACCACGUUUUAUAUAUGUUGAUACAAUACAUCAUGAAUUAAAUAGUGGUAGUAUUGAUAUAAUAUGUAUACCAAAUAUUAAAAAAAAUAAUAAAAAUAUAUUUGAUGCUGUUAAUUUAAUAAUACUAUAUUUAUUACCAUUACUACUAAUGACAAUAUUAUAUACACGUAUUGCAAUUGGUCUAUGGAAAAGUAGUUCAGCAUUUUGUACAAAUGGUAUUAUUAAUAAAAAUAAUAAUAGUCAUAAUAAUAAUAAUAAUAAAUCAAAUAAUAAUAGUCAUAGAAUAAAUCAUGUUAAUUCAUCAAGUAAAAAUAUAUUACGUGCAAGACGUGGUGUUAUUAAAAUGUUAGUUGCUGUUGUAUUUAUAUUUGCAAUAUGUAAUUUACCACAACAAAUACGUAUAUUUUGGUUACACUGGGAUCCAAGUUAUAAUUUUAGUUCAAAUUUUAGUACAAUAUUAACUGUAUCAACAUUUUUAAUAUCAUAUAUGAAUUCAUGUUUAAAUCCAUUAUUAUAUGCAUUUUUAUCACGUAAUUUUCGUCGUGCUAUGAAAGAAUUAUUUACAAUUGAUAAACGUAAUCCAGGAAGAUUUAGAAUGGGUUAUAUUACUGGUGAUGUAUUGAGAUUUGAUAAUGGACGUAAUCAUACAAUUAUACCACAUAGUUCAGUUGUUAGAUUAAGCUCAGCACAUGAUAGUCCAGUUACAACACAAACUAUUACACGACAAAAUACAUUUAUUAAAAGUAAUACUUGAAUUAUUAUACAUAUUUAUUAUAUUAUAUUAUAUUUGUGUGUGUGUAAUAUUUAUAUCAAUUUAUUGUCAAAUGACAUUUUAAUUUUGGUAAUAUGAAAAAAUUAAUAAAAAAUAGUUAAUAAAGUAUUUAUUUAUUUGUUGAA